GCCUCGGCCUCCCAGAGUGCUAGGAUUAUAGGCGUGAGCCACCGUGCCCAGCCCAGUCAGUCAUUUUAAGGUCAGGAUGAAGAAGUGGCAUAUGUCAUUUUCAGUUAUAUCUUAGGGUAUCUUAGUCAAGUAGACACUUGUUAUUAUGGAAAAGGGGGAGAAUGGAAGUGGACAUUAAUGAAAAACUAGCAGGCUAUCACAACAUCUGCUGUAUAGCAUGGGGAGAGCUGGUUUUUCUGUCAUCCUGUGGUUGUAUAUGAAUGUCCUUCACUAUCCAAAGCUAUUCAGUUCCUGAGUUCAGAUAGCAAGGAAUAUAGGUUUUUGAUGUUGCUACAACUUAGCCACUGACCGUUUUACAAUUGAAAGAAUGUGAUCAAUACAAGGCUGGAGGAGUCAUAGCAUAGGAAUAAUUAUAAAAUCUAUUUUUGAAUUUGUCUCCUUCAUUUUAAACAAUCCCAUCAGUUGACCUCUGAAGACAGCCAAAAUGAGCACUUACUGAGGCCAAUUCAGAUGGAUGUGUCUUUCUCAAAUGGCACUUUGGGUUGAGAGAAGGUAAUUAUAAGAAAGCCCUAUAAUAACAGGCUCUGAAAAGACUCUAGUAUAAGGAGAUUUCUUCUUUUCUGAGAGGUAAUUGCAGGAGGAGAGGUCCCCCAUCUUGUAUUUAGACAUUGAGAUAGAGUGGACCAGGUCACCUGCAGAGCAGUGGGGGGAAGGGGAGUUAGUGGAGGAGGAGUUUAUUUGGUGAUGUAAGGAAAUGUUCUCUCUUUUUCUUUAACUGUGAUAUGGGGAAAUAAUUAAUACUUAGCUUUUUCAUAAUGCUGUGAGAAUCAAAAGAUGUUAGUUAUAUGGCAGAGUCGACACUGAGAGGUAAUUAUGCACAUCCUUUAUCUUUGCAAAAAUCAGUGUCAGCAUUUGGCAGAAUCUAUGUUCAUACUGACAAUAUUUGCCUAGCAUAUAGUAUGUGCUUAAUAAAUGAUCACUUUCAUUAUUGUUAUAAAAUGGGAAAUGAAGAAAGUUUAGAAAUAGCAUAACUUUAAGGCAUUUUAAUGUCUAUUCACCAUCUCAUCCAUGUUACUCCUAUUUUAUUAUGGAUGCCUCCUUAGUAAUAAUUAUUCUGAUAUAAGAGAAAUAAUAAUUAUUCUGAUAUUAAGCUUUGGUGGAAGCUUAAUAAACGUAUUUUCUCUGAGCAGGCUCCUGUUUGGAAGGAAUAUGCCUACAGCUUUCCCAGAGAGCCCUACAGUCCAUUUUCUCCCCUCAAAACAACCAAUCUUCCCUGUUCUUCUCUCCCAGGCAGUGCAGUGAAGUGUCUUGCAUAUUUAAAUAGCUGGAAUCCAUGGAGUACACCAAGCAUUUUCCUCAAAAUGUCACAUAUUUGCCAUUAAAUUUAGGGCCAUGUGGGGCUUUAAUGUAAAUUCUUGCUUGCCCAUUGGGAUCAUAUAAUCAAUGUGGAGAGAUUCUGUAUGUUUUGCCCCAAUAUUGUCAAAGGAUUAGCCUCGACUGUUGUGUAGGCAUUUACUUCUAUUUGACAAUUUGGUAUUUCUUCAAAUGCUUUGUGUCCAUUCAUGAGGGCGAUGGUUUCAUUUGAAAUGCUGCAGUCACCAGGGAGAAGGCCCUGAGCUCUUCCCUGAUAGGCUGGCCUUCCCUCUGCCUCCUGUUGCUAUGGUGCCCAGCAGAGUAACUUCCUUGCCCUGCACAUGCAGGAGGCUCGGUCUCCAUGGAUACCCCACCCUGAGACUGUACUCUACUGAGAGAUGAGCUGCACACACUGUAUUUCUGCAAAAGACAUACCCCAGCCUGUGGUGGGAAGCUGUUUGCAGAGGCAGUGUUUGCCAUGAAAGUCUAUGAAGCUUACCUUCUAAGUAGUGAAGCUGAUUUUAGCUCCUCGAGCAGCACGGGCAGCAUUUCCGCUCCUGAGGUCCAUAUGUCUACUGCGGGAAACAAGCGGUCUUCUUUUCCACGCAAUCGAGGUCCUCAUGGGCGGAGUAAUGGAGCUUCAUCCUACAAGUCUGGCAGCAGCCCACCCUCCCCACGGGGAAAGGACCUUCUCUCCAUGCUGUGCAGGAAUCAGCUGAGCACCGUAAACAACCAUCCCAGUUAUGCACCUUCUUCCCCAAGUAGUAGCAAUUCAGGCUCCUACAAAGGAAGUGACUGCAGCCCAAUCACGAGGCGUUCAGGAAGGUACAUGUCUUGUGGUGAAAAUCAUGGUGUCAGACCCCCAAAUCCGGAGCAGUACUUGACUCCUCUGCAGCAGAAAGAGGUCACAGUGAGACACCUCAAGACCAAGCUGAAGGAGUCUGAGCGCCGACUUCAUGAGAGGGAAACUGAAAUCGUGGAGCUUAAGUCCCAGCUGGCCCGUAUGCGAGAAGACUGGAUUGAGGAAGAAUGCCACCGGGUGGAGGCCCAGUUGGCACUCAAGGAAGCCAGGAAAGAGAUUAAACAGCUCAAACAGGUCAUUGAAACCAUGAGGAGCAGCUUGGCUGAUAAAGAUAAAGGCAUUCAGAAAUACUUUGUGGACAUAAACAUCCAAAACAAGAAGUUGGAGUCUCUACUUCAGAGCAUGGAGAUGGCGCACAAUGGCUCUCUGAGGGAUGAACUGUGCCUGGACUUUCCAUGCGAUUCCCCUGAGAAAAGCUUAGCCCUGAACCCCCCGCUUGGCAAGAUAGCAGAUGGCUUGUCUCUGGAAGAGCAGGUCACCGAGGAAGGGGCCGAGAGAGAGCUGCUGGUGGCAGAUAGCACGGCCGACUGUGCAGAUCUGUUUGAUGAGAUGGUGACGGCCACCGCCACGGAAUCUGGUGGCCUGGAGCUUGUUCAUUCCGCCCCCAGGGCUGAAGUCCCUGAGCCGCUCCCCGCGGCGGGUCUGGAGGCCGGCGGCCUGGCGGUGGAGCGAGCCGUGCAGACCGACGUGGUGCCCUACAGCCCAGCCGUCUCCGAGCUCAUUCAGAACAUGCUGCAUCUCCGGGACCUCUAUCCCUCGAGCUCCGCAUCCCCCGAUGAGUCUGGGCCUGACUCCACUGAGAGCUUCCCAGAGUCCCUCUCUGCCUUGGUGGUUGAUUUGACGCCGAGAAAUCCAAACUCAGCCAUCCUUUUGUCUCCCGUGGAGACCGCAUACGCCACGGUGGAGGUGGAGGCGGGAGCCCCUGCAAACAGCCUCAUGCGAGAGCUGGAUUUUGCAGCCCACGCAGAAGAAAGGUUGGAUGGGGUCGUCCCGCUCUCUCAUGGGGGCGUCGUGAAGCAGUACUGGAGCCGCAGUUUCCUGGUGGAUCUCCUGGCUGUGGCUGCCCCCGUGGUCCCCACAGUUCUGUGGGCAUUCAGUACUCAGAGGGGGGGAACAGAUCCUGUCUAUAAUAUCGGAGCCUUGCUCCGGGGCUGCUGUGUGGUUGCCCUGCACUCCCUCCGCCGCACCGCCUUCCACAUCAAAACUUAGAAGUUGUUGUGACCGUGUGCCAAUUUGUCCCGUGUGGGUUGUGCCAGGUAGGAGGUCGGUCUGUGGCGGUCUCUCUUCUGUCGUUUUGCUCCUCGGUAUUUGAUUUGCACUAUAUUUCAUUGAAGCCUGUUCACUGUUUAAAACUGGAGGUAUCUUCAAAGGCAUGGAGACCCGGUUCCAGUAAAUGUCCCACCAGUAUGGUAUAGAAAGCAUGCUCAUGACCCUGCCGUGUCGUCCGAGGUACCCGUUCUUAUCCUAGUGGUUCAGGAAGAGAAAAUGCAAAGUUUGCACUUUGAAGACAGCUUCUCUAAGGCUGGCAUGUUAUCUCCUUGCUUUGCUUUGUGCCGUUUUAAAAUGUGUAAUUGUUCCAGCAUUCCAAUGGUCUUGUGCAUAGCAGGGGACUGUAACCAAAAAUAAAAAUGUAUUUGUGUAAUUGGUUUGAAGAAGUCUUGAAUAGCUCUUUAGUGUCUUACUUGGGGUUGAUAAGGUUUGAGUGUUUGCAAUUUUUUACUAAAUGUAGCUCCAAAGUCUUAAAUGGCUUGUUUGUUUUUAAACCUGUUAAUUAAGGGAACUGUAUGUAAGUUUACAUUGUACUAACUUAUUUUUUGCUUAUUAUAUAUAGUGUUUUAUUGGAAAUUGUUUGUAAUCACACACUUCAGCAUGAUGAAUAUAAAGAUUAGUAUUUCCAUCUAAAUAAAUGUUUUAUCCUCCUUUAAGAUAAU